AUGUCCCUGGCGGGGCGGCGGCGGCAGGAGGAAGAGGAGGAGGAGGGGGAAGGGGACGAAGGGGAGGAGGUGGUGCAGAUCCGGCUGGGGGACAAGUGCUACCCGGUGUGCAAGAGGAAGCUGAUCGAGCAGAGUGACUAUUUCCGAGCCCUCUAUCGCUCGGGCAUGCGGGAAGCAGGGCAGGGCCAUGGGGAGCAGCUGCUGCGCGGGGGGCUGAGCGCCUUGGGGCUGGAGCUGGUGCUGGACUUCAUCAACACCUCCUGCUUGGCCAGGCUGGAGCAGGAGGAAGGGGGCGAUGAGGAGCCCCCUUUGCUGGAGGAGCUGGUGGAGGCCGCUUCCUACCUGCAGGUCACCCCCUUGCUCCGCCUGCUCCUCUCCCAAGUGAGACUGGGCAACUGCUUUGAGCUGCACCGCCUGGCUCAGGUCUACGGUCUCCAGGACUUGCAUGAUGCCUGUCUUGACUUCAUGGCCACCCACUACCAUCAGGUGCUGCGGAGGCCCGAUGCCCAGCCACACCUCCUCCUGCCCCAUGCUCUCCAACAGCACCUGAAGGAGAGGCGGAUGAAGGGUACCGCCACCCUCGUGGCCAUCGGGGACUUCAUGGGUGCCUCCUCCCUGGGCCUGCCUCUGUGCCGUCACCCUCAGGUGGAAGCCCCCUGGUCUAUGCUGAGGUAUGAUGAGGAAGCAGAGAGGUGGCUGCCGCUGGCCAACAACCUGCCCCCUGAUCUGGUGAAUGUCCGAGGCUAUGGGUCGGCGAUGCUGGACAACUACCUGUUCAUUGUCGGGGGCUACAGGAUCACCAGCCAGGAGAUUUCAGCUGCCCAUUGUUACAACCCUUGCCUAAACGAAUGGACUCAGCUGGCUUCCAUGAACCAGAAGAGGUCCAAUUUUAAGCUUUUGGCUGUAAAUGGAAAACUCUAUGCCAUUGGUGGUCAAUCCCUUUCCAACGUGGAGUGCUAUAACCCAGAAAACGACUGGUGGAAUUUUGUAGCAUCCAUGCCAAACCCUCUUGCAGAAUUCUCAGCCUGCGAAUGCAAGGGCAAGAUCUAUGUUAUCGGAGGAUACACUACACGAGAUAGAAAUAUGAACAUUUUGCAGUACUGUCCCACUUCUGAUUCCUGGACCAACUUUGAACUUUGUGAUGUCCAUGUUCGCAAACAACAGAUGCUCUCUGUUGAAGAAACUAUAUAUCUGGUAGGGGGUUGUAUUCAUGAACUUGGACCAAACCAAAGAUCCGGCCAAAGCGAGGAUGUGUUAACUGUGCAGUCUUACAACAUUGCUACCAAAGAAUGGCUCUACCUCAAAGAGAACACAUCAAAAUCGGGUCUUAACUUGACUUGCACUCUCCACAAUGAUGGAGUCUAUAUACUGAGUAGAGAUAUUACUCUGUCUACAAGCUUGGAGCACCGUGUUUUUCUAAAGUAUAAUAUAUUUACGGACAGUUGGGAGACACUAAGACGCUUUCCAGCCUUUGGACAAAACAUGCUGAUCUGUUCUAUGUAUUUGCCUGAUGUUCGAGAAGUGUAACAUCAUCAGGUUUUCCUUUUCAGCUCAUUAAUCAUUCUUGGAAGAAAUACUGCUCCCUCUAGAUAGCUCUGUUUUCAGAAUGUAGUAUGGUUGCAUAACAUAGACAUAAAAUAGGUUAUGUUUAAAAAGUUGCAAAAUCCCAUAUUAAGAGAACUGCUUCCAGAAAAGGUUUUAAGAUUUCAGUUUAAAACAUUUAUUGUCUUGGAUUGAAAUUUCACCAGGUAUUGUUUGCAAUUUAAACAUAAAAUUUCUGUGUGGGCAACCGAUGAAGGAAUUCCAAAAGCAAAAUUAAUCAGUCUAGUUUAUUUCUCCAUCUUAAUAAGCAGUGUAGAAGAUGAGCAAGAAAUAUACAUGAUAAAAGUGGAAAUAAUUCAAUAAAUAAGUAUAAUAAAAAUCACAAAGGGAAUGAUUUAUUUUAAAAAUACAGGUUUUACUCAAACUACGUUCUGUCAAAUGCAAAAUGUUUAAAUUUGUUUAUUCUGUGAUAUUUUUCUCUCUUCUCUGCUAGCAAGUGAGAUUCUCAGAGGUGCUGGCAUUUGGGGUGUCAUCAAGAAAUAAAAACUUCAUCUGAAUAAUU